UAGUAUUUUUUUUUCAUUAGAUUGUUUGCAAAUAUAUUGAUAAACCUCUAUUAUUUCAUCGUGAAGAUAGUGGUUUAGUUAAAUUUGAUAUUCGUUAUGUUGUUAUAUUACGUUCAUUAGAACCAUUGAAACUUUAUGUUUAUGAAAAAUUCUGGCUUCGUUUUGCGAAUAAGCCGUAUUCAUUAAAUAAUAAUUAUGAUGAUUAUCAAGUACAUUUUACGGUAAUGAAUUAUCGAUAUGCAGAUAAUCUAAAGAAGAUAACAUGUGAAGACUUUAUACCUUUAUUUGAUAAACAACAACAGCAUCUUAAAUGGAUUGAUGUUCAGGAAAAUAUAUAUUCAAUGAUUCGUCAAGUAUUCGAACGAUCAAUUUUAAAAAAACCACCAUGUGGUAUGUCACCAUGUCAUCGAUCACGUGCGAUAUAUGCUGUUGAUUUAAUGCUUGAUGAAAAUGGUCAACCAUAUCUAUUAGAAAUGAAUUUUAUGCCUGAUAUUGAACGUGCUUGUUUGUAUUAUCCAACAUUUAUUGAUGAUAUAUUUCGUACACUUUUUCUUGAUGAAUCGAAUGAUAAUGUCGUUGAUAUUUCAUCGAAAUAA